CGUGAUGGUCCCGUGACUCCAUGCGGAAGAGAGGAUUUCAGCAGUGACAACACAACAGACAGGGCUAAACGCUAACAUAAGCUGUCUUAAUUUACAAUUUACAAUAUUUAUCCAACCUCCUACCAGCACAGCAAUGGACGCAUCUGUCAGAGCAUCUUCAGACGCUGCAGCUGGGCCGCCGCCUUAUUUCAGAGGAAAUGAAAGCUCCCUGGUGUCAGCCCUCAAGACACUGCUGUUCUUCACUAUCCUGAUGGUCACGCUGCCCAUCGGACUGUACUUCGCAUCAAAAGCGUACAUCUUUGAGGGUUCGAUGAAGAUGUCAAGCUCUGACAGCUACUUCUAUGCAGCCAUUGUUGCUGUGCUUGCUGUGCAUGUGGUUUUGGCUUUGUUUGUUUAUGUGGCCUGGAACGAAGGCACGCCUAAAGGGAAGGGCAAACAUGAUUAAGGCGUGUCUUUAUGAGUUCAUAAGACCGGAGGAGACAGACAGACAGACACAGAUACGGAUUCACAGGCCCCCCCUCUCCCUUACCAUGGGCUCCAGCACUAAACAUGGCAACAUCUACCAACCAGACACUUAGGGGAUCUGGUUUGAGCUUAGGCUUUAACCUGAGGUUAAAGCAUGAAUCUACUGUUUUUUUUUCCUGGCAGGGGGAGGGAGUGGAGGCUGCUGGGUGUGUUUUUUCACCAGCCUCAGCAGGCCCGCUUUUUGACUUUUUGUUCUCUGAAAGUGUUACUUUUGUCAACAGAGGACGACCCAUAUUUUUUAAGAGGCUUUCUUAUAAGCUGCCAUUUGGCUAAGUGCUUUAAGUCCCAUCACAGUAAAGAGUCAUGUAGGAAAACAUCUUGGGCUUUCAAUGAUGCAUGUAUGCACACACGCUGUAUGUACUUCUAAUGUGUACGUAUGAAGGAUUUGAUUCCAAAAUACUCCACUACAUCAGUUCUGUGGAAAUCUGUUCUACUGAAUCAAUCAUACUGUCCUCAAAUUUCACUACUUAUCCGCAUACUUAAAAAAAUGACUCCAUACAAACCCAUAAUGUGCUUAAAUUUCAUGCUGUAUUUUGGAACAAACUCCUCAUGAUGUCUUGUCCUUAAAAUAAUCUGAUUAAUCUGUUUGUACGUGUAAACAGAGUCUUUUUUUCCCUUUCUGUUUUAAUGUGUCUGUGUAGUGUAGUGAAAUGAUAUUUUGGAAUAUUGAAUUAGGAAGUUUUUGCAAGAUCACGCUGUAUUUAAAGGAGUGUUUUGUACUGAAGACGUUUGGUGAUCUUGAGGAUCUAGAUGUCACUGAAGUCAGUGUGAUUCAGAUGAGAAUAUUGACUUGCUCAAAUAAACUUGAAAAUAGUUAUUUCACAUAUUUUCAAAGGCUAUUUUUGUUGUCUCAUUAAAAAAAAAAAAAGCAAAUGUGAAAUUUUCCUGAGACUUUGAACAGGUCAAACUUACACUCAUGAUUGUCGCUAUCAUUGGUCCAAUAUAUAAUAAUAUUGAUCUGAUACUGACAAGAUGACUUGAUUAAAUCUGUUUUUAAGAAGA